CAUGGUGCGGGUCUCCGCCCCGCUGUGGGUCCUGAGGCCAAGAACCGCAUCCGGAGAGGGUGCGGUCCCGGAUCCUGCAGGCGCCGCAGCGCUGCCGUCUCUUGCAGUCUCUCACCGCGGCGAGAGGAGCCGCAUGGAGCCGGGAGAGGGAACACGGCAGGUGGAGGGAGGCCCUUAUCUGACGUCAGCUGCCGUCCGAGUGGACACGGGCAGGGAAGAGCCCCGGAGACUUCUUUACUUUACCAGCGGAGAGACCAUGGGCGAUAGCAGCGAAGAGGAGGAGAAGGAGGAGCCGGAGAAGACAGUCGAGCCUUCCACUCUCCCAUGGGGACACUACCUGUGGUUCUGGGCAACGUACCUUGCAAGAAGAUCCUUGUUGACAUGUGACUUUCUCGGUGGGAAACUGGCCGACCUGUUGGGGCUGACCACACCCAAGUACCAGUAUGCAGUUGAUGAAUACUUCAGUGUUCAAGACCAGGAAGAAGAUGAAGACGGAGAAGAAGUCACAGAAAUGGAGGAGAUGGAAUUCAAUGAGAGGAGGCAUCUGCCGAUUCAGAAGCCUGAAUAUGGGACAGCAGAGGAUCCAGGAAUCCACAGCGGGGCUGAGACCAAGCACCAGGUUUCGUACACUAAUGAAGUGCUGCGAGACAGUGGAGAUGCGGACAACUAACCCCAUCCAUUGCCGCCCCUCCUUGUGUAUAAUCCCUUCCCCUGUCGAUUGUUGUAACUGUUCGCAAGACAAACUGAGGCUCAAAGUGUCCUCUAGUUGUUCCUCCACUCCCACAAGGGGCGAUGUCACCAGCUGGCCCUUCAUCUCCUAGAACCAGCCUGCAAUUGGGUUGGGCCGUCACCUCUUGGUUUAAUCUAAGCCAUUGACCCAAAAUGUGAGCUCAGUCUCUCUCCUCCCAGAUGCUGUCUGACCUACUGUGCAUUUCCAAUGUUCAUGUUUUGGAAUUUCAGCAUAUGUAGUUUUUAGUGACUAAGCUAUUAUAUCAAUGGUUCUGAGGAUACAUAAUUCAAAUCUCACCACAGCAACUUAGUCAUUAAAUAUGGAAUUUUAAGUA